UAGAUAAAUGUAAAGCAUCUCUGGUUGACCUGUUGUAUACAAGUCUGGACUUGCUUCAUUUAGGAGGAGAAAUUUCUACUAGUAAGUAAUAUGACUACUGAAUAUUUAACUUUUAUUUUGUUCUUCAAUUUCAUCUUUGUUUUUGCAGAAGUUUAAUUACGGAUACGCCUUCAAUCUAUGUUGUUCGCUUGAUUUUCAGAUUUUAAUCAAUUCUGCUCCCUGCAAACAAGAGUUAUAUUUCCAAAGAAGUCUCAUUUCUCUGCCAAUUUUGCUUAUCUUAUUUCAUUAUUCCUCUUAGAAUACAGCUUUAGAUUUUUCUUUUUAACGGUUCUUCUCCCUUUUCCCACUUAGAUUGCUGCAUUUCAUUCUUCCUAUAGAAAAAAGAGAUCCAAGAAAUGAGUUCAACUAUGAAAUACUGGAAUGCAUUUGGCUUUUUCUUCAUUGUUCUCAAUUAUAAUAUGACAAUUGUAGGAAAGAUUUGGCUAAUCUACAUGAUCCUGAUGAGACUGUUAGUGAUCUUGUUUGGGGCAUACCCUGUCUAUGAAGAUGAAUUGGCAGCUCUCGUCUGCGAUAGUGAACAGCCAGGAUGCUCAAGCAUGUGCUAUGAUGCUUUUAUAACAGUCUCUCAAGUUCGGUUCUGGUUCUUUGAAUUUGUGUCUGUCCUGAUCCCUAUUGCAGUGUUUGUUAUCUGUAUCUUGCAUAGUAUGGUGAGGCAAGUUGUGAAGAUCUAUUCUAUCCCUUGCACUUAUUGCAAACAAACCAAAAUAUCCACUAUCUUCAGAGGUGCAGAAACAAUCUUCAACGAUGCAGAAAAGAGCAGAAUCACUUGUGCGGCCCAUGAAUUGGCAAUUCCUGAUUUCUCACAUGGAUAUGCAAUUCACCUCUUUGUGAGGCUAAUGAUAGAAGUUGGUUUCAGAAUUAGCAGUUAUUGUUUGUUUGGUUUCUUUGUUCAGAAAUUCUACAGUUGUACUGAGGAACCUUGCUCAGGUAAAAUAACCUGCUUUAUCCCCAGGUCAACUGAAAAGUCUGCUAUGAUUAUCUUACUGUGGGUUGUCAGUGGCUUCUCCUUAGUUCUUGGCCUUGUUGACUUGUUUGUGGCUAUAAAUAUUUGCAGAAAUAAGCGGCGUGGAACCAGCACAGCGGAGAUAUGCAGGAACCGCCUGCACCAAGAAGCGGGACCAAGCAGAGAUUUGUUCAAUCUGAGAAGCGUUGUUGUCACUGAGGAUUGUAGCAAUCUUCCCCAGAAAAGCUACAAAAAGGAACGACACCCUGCAAAAGAUCUCGGUUGUUGAAAGUAUUCCUAAGUCUGCAUUGAGCUGAGAGAAAUACAUGCAUGUAUUAUCCUUUCAUUUACAAGCCAUAUAACUUUUUGAACCAUUUAACGUUUGCAUAUUUGAAAAGGACCUAACCCUAACCUUUUCUUCUCUUACACAGUGUUCUUCAACCUAGGCAACUUAAAGAAAUGUAAACUUUACAUUUCUCCAGCCAGGCACCCUUCCCCUUCAGACUAUUAAAAAUAAAAAAUAAAGAUUGCCCCAUCCAGUAUAGGUAACUGAUUUUUGGAAAAGCUCACAGGGAUGCAGAGGUAAAUAAUGAAAGUCUUGACUUCUGAAACCAUGAUCAUAUCUUGGAGCACCUAUAUAAACUUUUUACUUAGUCAAGAUACAGAGUGAGACAGAACAGUCCAAAAACUUUAUGAUAAAAUAAAUGCAACGUUUUAAAGAAACAGUUGCCACACAACAAUGAGAAAAAAUAUGGCAUGGUAAAUAAGAUAUACAUCAAGUUAUAAUUUAAAGUAAAAUAGGUACAACAUAUCCUACAGAUGGUAUCAAUAAUAUUUAAGAUAAACAGUUUAUACAGUAAUAAAUUUUGGAAGUGCCAUGAAACAGAAGGAUUCUUUGUGAUAGAGAUGUAAAAAACCCGCAAAGCACUUGAAAGUAUACUAUAAUGCAGAAUUUAAUUUGGAAUUUAAUUUAAUUUAAUUUGGAAUUUAAUUUGAAAUUUAAUUUGAAAUGAAACUACUUCUUAAUAGUUAUAAUUUCACAAAAAAUUAGAAACUUAAUAAUAUAAUGAGAUAUAUGCUUAUAGCAGCAAAAGUAAAUUUUGCUUAACAUUGGAAAAAAUUUACAAUUCUGACCAUAUCUGACUAGGAACUUGGAAAACAUGCAGCAAUGGCAAAUAAACCAAAUUUAAGCAAGAAUGCAUACAAUAUAUCAUACUGUGUGGCAAAUACAAUCAUAGUCUGCCAUCUAAGGAGGUUUAAAAUCAACAAUUUGGUUCAUUAGCUGAUCUACAAAAGAGGGAAAUUAGAAAACCAGUAGUUCUUUUUCUUUUAAUUUCUCCUUUUUAAGAUUACUUUUUGAUAUUUUAAUUCUUCUUAUAUUAAUUCUGUUUGUCAAUUUUUUUGUUAACAUGCACAGAUAAACAUGUCUACAUGCAUCUAUAUCUAUAACAUAGAUGUUCAGAUAAAGUUUGAAACCUUUAACACACAAAUACUUUGAUAAACCUGCAGACAGAUUAAGUUGCUUUUUUCACAUUUUUUUCUUUUAUUAACAUGCGCACACAUAUGUAUGAAUAUGUGUGUGUGUUUAUAUCCACAUCUAUAUCUACAUAUAAAACAUUACAAGAUAGACAUAAUACUCAGCUCAAGUUUGAAACCUUUAUUGCACAAUAAAUACUGUGAUGCAACUUGUGGACAGAUUAAAUUUCAUUUGCUGAUCAUAUUUUUUGUUUUCAUUAACACACACAUACAUAUGUAUGUAUGUGUCUCUAUAUCCAUAUCUAUAUUACAUAGAAAACAUUACAAUAGAGGUUUCAAUACUAAGAACUAGCUUAAGGUUAGAACUUUAUUACUCAAUAAAUACUCUGGUAGGAGUUUUUUGCUUAUUGCUAUAUUCCACUUCAUGUGAAAAAGUCAAAUGAUUAUAUCAAAUGAUAACAUCAGUAUCAUAAAUUGUAAUCCAUACUGUACAACUACUACUUUCUUUUCAUUAUCUAUAAUGUUCAAAGUUAUCUAAACAAUAGAACAUUAUUAAUACCAAUUAAUACUACACUAAUAUCAUUGUAUCAA